GGGUUUUAGUCGCUCAGUGACGCCCUCCAAAGAUGUGGUGAGUUUGAAAUUUGCUCCCGAAGUAUUAUACUCGUACAUAUAGUAUAUAAAGUGCGGUUGAAUAACUGUGAUCUCAACUGCCAGUCGCGUCGAAGUUUGUUUUAGCGUGAGAUUGAAGUAUUUAAAGCCACGGUGAUAAAACACAAUUAAGCAAUAAAAUUUUAUAUAGUGGCAAAUAUAGACAGUGUGUGUAUUACCAGCAUAAAAGAGACUAACGUGAAGAUAAUGGGCUUUAAAAAAUCCAUGAAUGUGCAGGGAUCCCUGGCUGAGAAUGAAAAACCAAAUGCAUUCGGCGUUCGCCAUGUACAGGCGUUACUAAUGUUCUUCGGCAUGGCGUUCGGCUACUUUCUGCGUGUUAAUAUUUCUGCUGCCAUUGUUCCAAUGACGAAGCCUCGAACCACAGGCGACGAUUACUAUGACUGGGAUUCCUCGACAAAAUCGUUAAUACUGAGCAGCUUUUUUUGGGGUUAUGUGGUGGCACAAGUACCUGCUGGUUUACUGGCCAAACGUUUCGGUGGCAAACUAGUACUUGGCAGUGCCACUGUGCUGGCUUCGAUUAUAACAAUGUUACACCCUUGGGCAGCAUCUGGCGGCAGUUGGCAAGUAAUAUGCUUUCUGCGUGUAUUAAUUGGACUGACGCAAGGCGUUCUUUAUCCAUCGGUGCAUACGUUGUUGGCCAAAUGGGCGCCACGUACGGAGCGUAGCUUUUUGGCUACUUCGGUGUAUUCGGGUGCACAAUUUGGCACGGUGAUUAUUUUGGCUACAAGCGGUUUCAUUUUCGACUCCAGCAUGGGUUGGCCGGGUAUUUUUUAUAUUUCCGGUGCUGUGGCGUUGGCUUGGUCGAUUUUGUUUUUAGUUUUUGGUGCGGAUUCGCCAAAGGACUCAAAGGUGAUAUCCAAACAGGAACGUGAAUAUAUUGAGCAUCUUACAGGCAGCGGUUCGGAGAGUACGUCUUUGCCCGUACCGUGGAAGUCCUUAUUCACAUCACCUCCAUUUUAUGGUCUUAUCGCAGCUCAAACGGGUUUCACUUGGGGCUUUUACACACUCCUCACCGAAAUACCAACCUAUAUGGAUUCGGUACUGAAGUUAAAUGUCGCUUCGAAUGCGCUUUUAUCGGCUUUGCCAUACUUCGUAAUGUGGCUGUUAUGCCUGAUCGUUAGCCCGAUAUCCGAUAUGCUUAUCAAUAGAAAUAUACUGAGUACCACAGUUGGGAGAAAGCUAUUCAACACCAUUGGUCAAUGGAUACCUAUGGCUUGCCUAAUUGGUAUGAGCUAUAUGACGAGUGAAGAGAGUGUAGCGGCUAUAACGUUGCUUACGAUCGGUGUGGGUUUCAAUGCGGCUGCGUUUUGUGGAUAUUUAGUCAAUCACAUGGAUCUUUCGCCGAAUUUCGCUGGACCAAUGAUGUCCAUUUCGAAUGGUUUUGGCAAUUUGUUGUCAUUAUUUGCGCCAUUAGUUGUUGGCGCUGUCGUAGUAAAUGAGGAGGAACCCAGCGAGUGGCGGAUCGUUUUCUAUAUAACCGCUGGCGUUUAUUUAGUGUGUAACGCUUUAUUCAUCAUAUUUGGUCAGGCAACAAUACAACCAUGGAAUGAUCCAACGAAUUUGCCCACAAGCACAAAGCCGCAGUCAAUUGAAAGGAUAGGGGAAGUUACAGAGGCUACGGUUACUAAAUUCGAGUAAAUUGGGAUUCGAUAACUUUAAAGCAACAUUAUUAAGAACUGAUAGCAUAUAAGAAAUAUAUAAUAAAUAGAUUACAUAAAUCCUAUGGUA